CGCUGUUGCGGGACUCUUAUUUUGAAGUUCCAUUUGCUCAGCCAAUCAGAUUUCAGCUUGAUGUGACAGGAAGCGAUGACAUGUAAACAAACGCGCUGCUCACCGCGACUGCACCAAACCGCACGACUUUACAGACAGCUUUGACCUCCUCCCUUCACAUCAGUCAUGAGAAAAGCUCUGGGACAAGUUCUGCUCUCAACCGGACUACAGAACCCAAAAUUCACAGCAGAAGAGAAAAAAGCACAAGACUAUGAGAUCCGCACCUACCAUGCCACUAAAUGGAUGAGCACCACUCUGAGCGGGAUGCACUGGGAUGCAGCCAUGAACGCUGGCUUCCGCCGGCUCUUCAGCUACAUUAAAGGCAACAACCACAACAAGGUGGAAGUGGAGAUGACGGCCCCUGUGACAUGCCGCGUGGACCCUGGAGCCGGACCUACAUGUGAAUCUCAGUUCACUGUAUCCUUCUACAUCCCAGAGGAGCAUCAGGACAAUCCACCGUCACCGAGCGAUCCGGAGGUGUUUGUGGAGCACAGGAAAGAGUUCACAGCUUACGUAAGGACAUUCGGUGGUUUUGCCAAUGAAAAAAUGAAGCGUGAGGAGCUCCUGAAACUCAUCGAGAGCCUGCAGAGGGAUGGAGUCCAAUACGUCGACAAGCCGUUCUACGCAGCCGGCUAUGACAGUCCCUUCAAACUCAUCAACCGCAGGAACGAGGUCUGGGUCCUCAAGAAGGAGCAGGAGUAGGAAGUUUCCAGGUCAUGCAACACUCUGCCCGCUACAGCUGUCCUAUUUUAGAGGAAGAAAUUUACAUGAUCAUUUUAUAACACCUAGCACAGCACUUACUAAUGUCCAAAGGGAAAAAAAAUCAUAGCUAUUAUGAAUGUAUGAUGAACAAAAUGGAAUUUUUAAAGGUCGUACUGACAUUUUUUCAUGUCUAAUUGUGUCUUUUGAUGUAUUUGCUUUGACUAAAAGUAACUGGAUAUACACGCACUGAAAGUCAUGAGAAAGGGACCAAGCUAAUCAUAACAAGAGCUCUGGGAAGUCAUAAACAAAAAAGCCAUAAAAAAAACAGGAUACAGUGAAACCUUAAUUCCAACAGAUGGAGCCAAGUAGUCAGAAAAUAGUCUUUUGUUUAGUGCAUUUUAUCAUGACAAAAAAAGUGCCUCAUCAUUUUUUAAUAAGUUUUUUAAAUAUACACUGAAUUGCUAAUUGCUAUUCAUUCAUGAUUUUUUUAACAGUGAACAUUUAUCCACCUGGAUCCUAUUUUCCAAUGUCUUUGUGUCUUACUGUCCAAUGGGAACCACAGUUUUUGAAACUGGUCCAGUAUUGAGCGAGAGGGCUGCAACAGGCAGCCGCGAGGCUGGCUGUUUCAGUGUAAGCACUCGGAGCAUACACACGCCCUCAAUGUACAUCCACUGAAAGUGCUUGUUUUGCCACU